AUGUCUAGUGGGUUAUUUGAAAAAACCACUGAAAAAGGUGUUGAAGAUGGUCAAGUCUCAUACAAUACAUCAGAUUCACCAAGUGUUCAACCAAAAGAUGUUCAAAUAGAUUCAACUCAUGAUAAAAUUACAAAAUUACAACUGGAUCCAAAUUUCAAUUUUGAUAAAGAACUUGAAGAAUUAGAAAUAUUGGCUGCAAAUUAUAAAGCUGAUAGAACUGCAUUACAAAGACUAUGUGGGUUAGAAGUUGAAUUAAAUUUCAAAAACAAAAAAAAUAUGGUUAUUUUAUUAGGUGUUUUCAGUGCUGCAGCUGGGUUAUUAUCAGGUUUAGAUCAAUCUAUUAUCAGUGGUGCUUCAAUUGGUAUGAAUAAGAUGUUACAUUUAACUGAAGAUGAAGCUUCCUUAGUUUCUUCAUUAAUGCCUCUCGGUGCCGUUUUAGGUGCCAUUAUGAUGGCCCCAUUAAGUACCUAUCUUGGAAGAAGAACUGCGCUUAUCAUUUCUUGUAUCUGGUAUACAAUUGGUAGUGCUCUUUGUGCUGGUUCUAUGUCUCAUCAUAUGAUGUAUGCUGGUAGAUUCUUACUAGGUAUUGGUAUUGGUAUUGAAGGUUCUAUUGGUAUGUACAUUUCGGAGUCAUGCCCGGCAAGAGUUCGUGGUAAUAUUGUUUCAUUGUAUCAAUUGAACAUUGCGCUUGGUGAAGUUAUUGGAUAUGCUGUCGCUGCUAUGUUUUAUGAAGUUCAUGGUGGUUGGAGAUUUAUGGUUGGUUCUUCAUUGUUAUUUUCCACUGCGGUUUUCAUUGGAUUAUUUUUCCUACCUGAAUCACCAAGAUGGUUAGUUCACAAGGGAAGAACAGGUGAAGCAUUUGCAGUUUGGAAAAGAUUGAGAGAUAUUAACGAUCCUCAAAAUAUAUUAGAAUUCUUGGAAGUGAAACAAGCUGUCGCACAAGAACAUGAAAGAGAACAACACGAAACAACUUUACAAAGAUGGUCAGAGUUAUUCCUUGUUCCAAGAAACAGAAGAGCCUUAUUUUAUGCUGUUGUUAUGAUUUUACUUGGUCAGAUAACGGGUAUUAAUGCCAUUUUGUACAAUAUGAGUUCAUUAAUGUCAAAGAUUGGGUUUGAUGAAAAGAAGAGUGUUUUUAUGUCUUUAGUUGGUGGUGGUGCUUUGUUACUUGGGACAAUCCCAGCAACUGUUACAAAGAAAGGUAGAAGAAUCUGGAGUAUGAAUCUAGCAGGAUGUUUUGUUGGAUUAGCAUUAGUUGGUGGUGGUUAUCUUAUUGAUCCAAUCAAACAUAAAUCUGCUGCUUUAGGUGUUUAUUUGAGUGGGUUGAUCUUAUAUAUGAGCUUUUUCGGUUCUUAUGCUUGUUUGACUUGGGUUGUGCCUUCUGAAGUAUUUAACACUAAAACAAGAUCAAUCGGUAUGUCAAUUUGCUCAGCUUUACUUUAUCUAAUUUCAUUUGCAGUUACCUAUAAUUUUGCCAAAAUGAAAAAGGCAUUCACUUACACUGGUUUAACACUUGGUUUCUAUGGUGGUAUUGCUCUAAUAGGGUUGAUCUAUCAAAUAAUUUUCAUGCCAGAAACCAAAGACAAGACAUUGGAAGAAAUUGAUGAUGUGUUUUCAAAAUCACCAUUUACUAUUGCAAGAGAAAAUAUAGUUAAUAUUAAAAGAAAGAUUGGGAAACAAGUUUAA